AAGGGCAAAGACGUGUGAAAUGGGAGGUUGGCCCUCUAAUUCUGUGCCACGAAUUAUUUCUAGAUACUAAUAAAAUUUUGUAAUAUUCUAUACAAAUCACAUGCAAUGGGCUAGAAAGGCUGAUCGCGAAAGCAGAGGAGAUUGCAGGGGAUCAAAUAAUGCGAACAGGGGAAAAGGUUUCGAAAAGGCGAAUCUGAUGAAAUGAUCAUGUACUUAUUGAAUAUUCUAAUUGUUGCGAGUGGAAAGAUUAGAUAGAUGGGCAUGGGUGAGCAAAGUAAUGGCUCAGGGAGCUCAAGUGGGAGGAGCAUAGCCAGAGAUUUGUUUUUCAAGGCAGUUUGUCUUGUGGGGGGAGUUCUCCUGGUCAGAAAACUCACAAAGAAAACAACCAGAUGGGAGCACGCCAGAAUUGUUGCAGAAGCUCUCAGCGGGGAGAAGUUCUCUAGUGAACAAGCUUCUCGUGAUCCCAUGAAUUACUUCAACAUCAGGACGCUUACUUGUCCUGCAACUACGAUGGCGGAUGGAUCAAGGGUUCUAUAUUUUGAGCAGGCAUUUUGGAGGACUCCAGAGAAGCCCUACCGUCAAAGGUUCUGUGUGGUCAAGCCUUGUCCUAAAGAUUUGAAGUGCGACGUGGAGGUUGAUUCCUACGCAAUAAGGGAUGCUGAAGAAUACCGUAAUUUUUGUGACCGACCUAAUAAUCAACGGCCACAAUCAGGAGAAGUUGUACGGGAUGUUGCAGAACACCUAACUACAGUGUAUCUAUCACGUUGUAAGCGGGGAAAGCGUUGCCUUUAUGAGGGUUCUACUCCACCCGGUGGCUUCCCCAAUUCAUGGAAUGGUGCCACCUAUUAUACAUCAGAUGUUACAAUUCACAGAAAUGGAGAAGUACACUACUGGGACAAAGCCUAUGAUGACCAAGGGAAUCAGGUUUGGGGUGUAAAAGAAGGCCCCUAUGAAUUCAAGCCUGUGACAACUUCAAAUUCAAAUGGAUCUCUUCUUCCGUUAGGGUCUACAUCUAUUACCUUAGACCAAAAAUUGUAUGAUAAGUCCUUUGUAGUGGACGAUUCAGAAUAAGUAUUUCUUUUCUGUUUAUUUUUUAUGGUUUAAAGGUCCUUGGCCGUAUGGUACAUCUGUGGAGGUCAGUAUGUGCAAGCUUCCCGUGGAUUUGCACAGAUUGGAUACUUCACAUGGUUCUUUUCUCAUCGUUCAGUUUUUCUUCUUCUCUAAGAAUCAAUUUUGAAAUGACACAAAUGUAUGUAACCAUUUUGGUAUUACAAGGGGCAUUAUGGUGUAA